CGACAACAAACUGAAUUAUUUUCUCCAUGGAUGACGAGGCAACAAAGGAGAAACGCCCUUGAAGACGAUCGAUGCCUAUCCUGGUGUCUAAUUUCGCCCUCAUAAACAACUCCCGCGAUCGCAUCUUCUUAGCCUUUCAGGUGAACGAAAAAGCACACGCUGUCCCCGGAUUUUAUCCCUUGAAGACGAGACGUUGCCCCUCCUUCUCUGCGGUCUUGCUUGAUGAUCGACCACAAGCGAUCGCGACGUCUCCUCUCCGAUUGUUCGUUUGAAUCUGCAACAUAUUCUAUGCAGCUGUGGUCGGGAACCAGAUGGACCCGCAACUUUAUCUCGUAUAAGCCUUACUGGAGUAAGACGUCUUCGCAAUGGAGGAACCGGCGGGGGAGAGUCUUGAUGGCUCGUCCAUAAAACCCGUCUCCUCUCUCCGCUCCCACUUCGAACAAAUGGCAAAUGCGAAGCCGAAUAAUAAUCUUGGAUCGAAAGCCCUCUCACCCCAGCCAACAGGUGGAAGUAUCAGUAACGGAAUCAGGGAUAUAUUCAGGUCACCAAACGAGCGACAAGAAGAUGUACCAUUUGGAGAUGUGUUGCGGGCCACGAGGGGCAGGGAGAAAGAUACUGGGGAUGCUGGACUUCGUCCACCCCGUACGACCUCUGCCAACAUGUCGCCCUCUCCUACCAGGAUUCUGCGCCCACGGCCACUAUCUACUGUACCUCCAGCUGUAACGGUCUUGCCGCCUCAGUCACCGCCCAAGAAUAAGAAUAUGAACUUGACAUUGUCAAGUACUCCCACCUACCUCUCCACGGAGACUCCACUGUCAGCAACAUCUGGGGGUUCUUCUCCAAGACACUUCAGAAUCCCAAGUCGGCCUCAAACUCCUCUACUUGGACCUGGGAAGUCCCCCAGAUUGCCGGCCUCUCUACCUCCUUCACCACCACCACCUCGAAGAUCGGGCGAGCUGAGACGGGAAGCACCCGCUGGCAAAGGCCAGCCUCCACCUGUUAAUCGAGCUGAGAAGCCCAAAAUUGCCAGCAAGCCAAUGUCAUUGGCAUUCCGUAUAGAGGCCACAACACUUGAGCCUGCUUCUUCACAGCGUGCCAUCGACAAAACCUCACCUUUUAGCACUCCUCCUAGCAGUGGUAGCAGUCCUAGUCCUGAGAAUGAGCUUCCACCCCCUAUAACACAACCGAGACCUAGGAAUCCUGCUCAAAAAGCUUCAGUUGUUCAGCAAAGUUUUGAGCCUCCUCCAGUACACUACUCCGUCAUAGCUAAGAGAAAGGAUCAAGAGACAAAUGGAUUGGGCCGAAGCAUAAUUGUACCUCAGGUAACAGGAGAACAACGACCAGCUCUACCUACUCGACCUCAGGCCAGACAGGAGAUGUCAAAAGCUCGAAAUCAUGAGAACGCCAUGAUGCCGCCACCUCCCCCACAUCCUUCAAUGGACCGAACACGUCCAUCUGUGACUACAAUAAGUGAAAACACAACAACAUUUGCGACUCCACCCAAGAGAGUGUUUUCGACUCCAACAACCCAGUUGCAGACACCUCCAAGGACACACGGAAGAUCAAUGACAGUCGACAGAACUUCUGACCGUGCCCCAGCUGAACUUCGGACGCCAAUUACACCUCUCGGUGAUAGUCGGGCGUCAUUUGACGUCCCUCCGACUACGUCAAUCAUUAAAGAAUUACACCCGAACUUAGGAGAGUAUCCGGAUGCCUCCCGUUCGAAUCGACGGCCGCCAUUCUUCAAACAAGGUGCUCAUGAAAUAUACACCAAGUAUGACACGAGAAUUCUUGACGUUUGUGGGGAAUUUGUCUGCACGUCAGGUCACUUGACGAGAGUUUGGAGCUUGCUUGACGGAGAAAUUGUGGCCAGUCUCGCGCAUACAGAGGGUAUCAAAAUCAUUUCUGUUGGUUUCAAGCCUACGUCGAACAUCAAUGACGAGGGCACACGGGUCUGGCUGGGAAACAAUACCGGCGAGCUUUCGGAGAUUGACGUCCGGACUCAAAGUGUUGUUGCAAGUAACACAAGCUCUCAUACUCGUCGCGAUAUCAUCAAGAUUUACAGGCACCGGAUGGAGAUGUGGACUUUAGAUGAUGGCGGUACGUUGCAUCUGUGGGCAGACAGUACUGGCUCUCCGAAUCUCACCAACCCCACUCAAAGUUUCAGAGUACCGAAAGGUCACACAUUCUCAAUGGUAGUUGGCGAUCAGUUAUGGCACGCUACAGGUAAAGAUAUUAGAGUGUUCGUGCCGACAGUGGAUGGCUCGACGCAAUUUCAGGUCCUCCAGCGUCCUCUCAACCAACCCAAUACGGGCGACAUCACAUCCGGCACCACGUUAAGUUCGCAGCCUGACAAGGUCUACUUCGGUCAUACGGACGGAAAGAUCAGCAUAUACUCACGGCGAGAUUAUUCAUGUCUUGGCGUCGUGAACAUUAGUGUUUACAAGAUCACAACACUUGCCGGUGUUGGUGGUUACCUGUGGGCAGGCUUUAGUACUGGCAUGGUCUAUGUCUACGAUACCACGAAAUCACCAUGGCUGGUCAAGAAAGACUGGAAAGCCCAUCAAGAUCCAGUCAUCAAGUUAUUAGCCGAUCAAAGCAGCUGUUGGUCACUCGAGCGAGCACAGGUUAUUUCGCUUGGGCAAGAUAAUAUGCUACGUAUCUGGGACGGCUUGCUUCAAGAAGACUGGCUUGAAACUCAAAUGCAGUCGCAAGAGGCUGAGUUCUGUGAGCUGAAUCCCAUCAAAACGCUAGUCAUGACAUGGAAUGCGGGGGCUACGACACCGUACCACCUCCAGCAUUCGGACCAGGAUGCAAGGUUCUUUCGCAGCCUUAUUGAAGGUAGUGGAUGUCCCGAUAUCCUGGUUUUUGGCUUUCAAGAACUUGUGGACCUAGAAGACAAAAAGCAAGUUACCAAGAGCUUUUUCAAGUCUAAAAAGAAAGACCCUUCGGAACAAGAACACAUGAGUCAUCAAUAUCGAGAUUGGCGAGACUUCUUGACUCGGACGUUGGACGAUUUUAUGCCUCGCGAUGAACUCUAUCACCUACUUCACACUGCACAUCUCGUGGGUCUGUUCACCUGCAUCUUCGUUCGAGCUUCACUGCGGGAACGGAUCAGGAGUCUCAGCGCUGCCGAGAUCAAACGUGGAAUGGGUGGAGCCCUUGGCAACAAGGGAGCCUUGGUCAUUAGAUUCGUAUUAGACGAUACCUCGCUAUGCUUCAUCAACUGCCAUCUUGCUGCAGGCCAGACUCAGACCAAAGAUCGGAAUGCCGAUAUCACUGCGAUUUUGGAAGGCUCUAUAUUACCAGCUGAAAGAGACCACAGUGUGAGACAAGAUAGUUACAUCGGUGGCGGUGAUGGCACCAUGAUCUUGGAUCACGAAAUCUGUGUCUUAAAUGGAGAUCUCAACUACCGUAUUGAUACUAUGGGUCGCGAUACAGUGGUCAGUGCGGUCAAGUCAAACAAUCUGAGCAAGUUAUUAGAGAGAGACCAAUUACUUGCGUCAAAGAGAAAGAACCCAUGGUUCAAAUUGAGAUCAUUUACAGAAAUGCCAAUCACUUUUGCGCCGACCUACAAGUAUGAUGUAGGGACCGACAAUUAUGAUAGCAGCGAGAAAAAGCGAUCCCCGGCCUGGUGUGACCGAUUGAUGUAUCGUGGCAGAGAUAAAGAUCGUGUUAAGCAACUAGAUUAUCGUCGGCAUGAAGUACGAGUCUCUGAUCAUAGACCCGUGACAGGGUCUUUCGAAAUGAUCAUUAAGACCAUUUCGCCGAAGAGGCGUGCGAUAAAGUGGGAUGAGUGUCAGAAGCGAAUGUUGGAGAGGAAGGAGAGGCUUGCAGCAGAAGCAAGGUAAUUCCUGUCUAAUUUGAAGUGAAGGAAAACUGACAAUAGCUGAAGUCUCGACUACCUUACCAACGUUCUCGGUUACGACACGGCGACUAG